AUGCGGGCACCUAGCGGCUGCACGCGCGCGGGCCUCAUGGGCACCGUGCUGAGCUUCAGCCCGCGCGAGCGGCGCCCGCCCGCCGCCGCGCCGCCGCCGGACCGCGCCGCGCUCGCCUACUCCUACGAGCGCCUCAACAACGCCAAGAACCGCGAGAACCGCGAGCUGCCGCGCGACGAGCGCCGCGCCACCCUCGACGACGCCGCCAAGAUCAUCUCGGAGAAGACGGCGCUGGAAAAGAACCUCAAGAAGCACUCGCUGUUCAUAAACGCGCUCUCGUGGAAGCGGUUUUCCACGGCCAACAACAACAAGAAGAAGUUGGAAUGCAAGAGCAAGAGCGUAGCGACGUUCCGCGCGCCGCUGACGGACAACGCGCCGCUGGACCGCAACAAGAAUGUGUCGGUGCAGGGCGUGUACGGGCGGCCGGCGCCCGCUCCCGCGCCGCCACCCGACGUGGCGCGCGCCAACGCGCUCAACAACAACGUGGUGUGCUACGACAAGCUGCCCUCCAGCGGCGCGCCCGUGCUGGUCCCGCGCAAGACCGUCAUCCAGGCCUCCACGUCCGAGCUGCUCAAGUGCCUGGGCCUGUUCCUGCACACGCGCUGCCACCGCCUGCGCGACUUCCAGGCGGGCGACGCCGUCAUGUGGCUGCGGACGGUGGACCGCUCGCUCCUGCUGCAAGGAUGGCAGGACGUGGCGUUCAUAAACCCAGCGAACGUGGUGUUCGUGUACAUGCUGGUGCGCGAGCUGGUGGACGGCGAGCGGAUAGCGCGCCCGCAGGAGCUGCAGGCCGUGGUCCUCACCUGCCUCUACCUCUCCUACUCCUACAUGGGCAACGAGAUCUCCUACCCGCUCAAACCCUUCCUAGUCGAAGACUCUAAAGAUAAGUUCUGGGACCGGUGCCUCCUCAUCGUGGACCGCCUCUCGUUCAACAUGCUCAGGAUCAACUCGGAGCCGGGCUUCUUCACUGAAGUGUUCACGGAGCUGAAGGCGUGCGGCAGCGUGGAGAGCCCGGCGGGCGCGCCCCCCGCGCCCCCGCACCCCGCGCCCGCGCCCCCUCUCGCGCUCUCCGCCGCCUGACACACGGAGGUGGCCGUCCUCCGCCUGGCGCUCGCGGACCGCCCCACUCGUGUUUGAUGUCGGCUCCUGACAGUCGAAGCUCUUGGUCAAUCGUCCUCGGUUUAGCGUUAUGAGUAGCGGCACGUAUCUCUAUACAUUUAAACUGCAGAAUAUGGUUUGAAGUGCGCACUGUUGUUCAACAGUCCACAUUUUAAAUUCAAUCUGAUAACAUUAUGUAUGUUACACGUUGCUGUAGUUAUUUCCGGCCAUAGUGUUAACUUGAGGAGCAACGUAAAUAUGUUUUCACGUGAAUGCAUUGUAACUUCCUAGUCAUUAUUUCGCUAUUAUUUUAAGUAACUUAGUCAUUAUCUUAGGUGUGAAACCUAAAUAUCUCAUUAGUCAUUAUAUUUUUCAUUAACAGCAUCUAAGGUGUGGUUGCUCAAAAUACGCAAACUAAUGAAAAUAGUAAAAUAAUAAAGCCACGAUUGACCAAGACUUAAAAUGUCAUUGCAAUAGAUUGAUGAGUGUCAGGUUUUGUUUAUGAAUUAUGUAUUUACUUACAUAAUUCAGUCUCGAGACGUUGAAUCAAUCUCGACGGGAGAAUGUGAUAUCUAGAGGCAAACAUUUUAUUUCAAGACAUUUUAGGGUUUGGCAACAUCUGAUCGACUGUGACUGACUAAAACUGACUAAUAUAUUGUUGAGGACAGCAUGACUAUAUGAAGUUAAUGUAGUUUGGAAGGCGCUGUGGUGGAGGACGGCGCAGCUGGCAGGAGGCCGCACCGAGCGCGCCCGCCCCCUCUCGCCCGAGCCAGCGUCGGGACUGUGAGCCGCGGGCCGCCGCGCGACUCGCGACCUAGUUUACGCUGCACUUUAUUGUAUAUUCGUAAUGUUUACGUAGGUAAUUGUCUGGUAACGUUAAUUUCUCGAGCCGCUGGACCAAGCGGCGAUCUAGUCCAAUAGAACAGCGGUUAGCUAGUAAGUUAAGAGUUUCGUAACGUAGUGAAAUGAACGUAUUGCCAUAUAGUUAGAUGAUAUUAGAGAAAUGUCUGGCAGGCGGGAGGGUGCAAUAAAGCGGGAACUCCGUCAUAAUGUAAUCCGGUUUAAGCCUUCUAUGAAGUGUACGUAUUAAAUAUUGGCCGGCUGUAAGCGGGACGACUCGAUUGUUUUAUUGAGCCGAUGAAAUGUAUUAAUAACAAAUAGGUCAAAUUUUGCGAAGGAAUAAGCGUUUUGUACAGUAAAAUUGAGUAAAAUAAUACAACUAAGUCUUAACCGUUAGAAUAGUUUAGACAAAUGGACGGCAGGCUUUAGCCUGAGUGGCACUCGGUCCGAGAGACGACGCGAAAACGUUUUCCUGGAUGCCAGUCAUGUAAGAGAUGCCAGAAAUGGAAGUGUUGCCAGUAUACAUCAAUAUUGAUCGCGAACGAAACUCAAGUUACGAUGUUUUUGAGCUUAGUUAACUAUUCAAAUACAAAUCCGGAUAAUUUUGAGCCCUCGAGGGAAGUCAGGUUCAUAAUAGGACAGCCUAAUCAACGCAACUAGGUAGAGGCCGCAAGGCCACGCCGCCACCGGCCGCACCGAGUGCCGUAGUUAAGAUAAAUUGUUUAGUCGAGUGAAUAUCUGAGGGUGUUCAACUGUAAGUAUUUAAUAAUAUAAAAAAAAGAAAUCUCAUAAUACGUUCCAAGUCAUUAACGAUUAGAUAAAGGUAGUUGUCUGUGAUGUUAAUUGAAUCUUAGAUUUGUGUUUAGUGAUGUUCCGUUGUUUUAUUUCGUCACAAUUGUUGUGUUAUUUAUUAUUAUUAAUAAGGAAGUUACUAAAGGCAAUAAUUUAUUUUGUUUGGAUAUUCCUUGAAUCUAAGAAGCACGAUACGACCGUCUGUAUGAUAUACAAAGUAAAAGAAGUAAACACUAGUAUAAUAUAUAAUUGGAUUGAAAUGCUUUUUAAGAGUCGAGUUUUUAAAUGGGAAUAAUUUGUUGUUGUUUUAAGUUGUUUAAGCAUUGCAGUAGACAUUACUUUUUUGAUCUCUAUUACAUAUAAAGGGUUGAAGUACAUUCCAAUUACUAGGUACAUUUAAGUCAGAUAAGGCCAGUAACAAUUUAAUAUCGAAUUUCGAUGAUCUCUCCUAAGAUAUUAAUAGCGUAACUUUGGUAUUUGAAGUGUGGAUGUGCGUAACAUUACUCUGAUGGUAUACCUGGUCAUAUACCUCUUCUAACAUUAUUCAUGUAACUCACGUUUGUUAAUUAAUCUAUUGUAAAUAUACCCAAUUAUUAAAAAAACUUUCGUAUAUAUAAAAAGGUUCUUUUAUUUCUUGUGAAUAUUUUUCUUAUCUUGUAACCUUAUAACAAUGCCCGGU